AUGUCCGCGAGAGACCGCUCCGGUAGCAUUUCGUUGUCGUCGAGGAAUGUGAUUCCGGUGUGCUCAACUCUCACACCAUCUCAGGUGGCCGUCAUCCGCAGAUCAUGGCGUCAUAUUAACACCAAAGGUCUCAUUGUGGUCCUCACUCGCUGCUUCUCAAGACUUGAAUCCUCCUGCUCUGUUGCCAACCAAUGCUUCCAAUCCGCUGCCUAUUCGCUGUCAACAAGCCCGAAUCAAGUGCGCACCGUCGCUGACCACUCCAAAUAUCUUCUGCAGCUUCUUGACAAAAUCGUUGAAGGCGAAGUGCAUGCCGACUUCUUGAGGGAGAUCGGAGCAAACCAUAUUAAUCUAAAACACGAGGCCGGAUUCAGCAGUCAAGAAUGGGACAGAUUCCAAGAAAUCAUGGUUGAGGUGAUUUUAAAGCAGGAUGGUGUCAAGCAGAGCAAAGAGACAAGCCGUGCCUGGCGCCUUCUCAUCUGCUCGUUCAUCGAUCUGAUCCGUGAUGGAUUCGAGGCACAAGUCCGACAAUUCAGAAGAAAACAUUCAUUCAACGCUCAUGUUCAAUAUUUCGAGAACAUUGAGAAGCGUGUCGCUAUGUGCCCAAACCGCAAGGAUUCACUCAACAUGGAUCCACGCUCAACCCCGAACAGCGCUCGCAAAUAUUCGCAUUAUUAA